GCUUAAAAGAAGGAGAAGAAGGAAAAAAAAAAGGGGUGGGGGGAGAGGAAGGAAAGUUUUCCUCGGCGGGAGCCGGAGCGGACGUGCGGAGCCCCCGCUGCCCUCGGCCCGCCCAUGGCUCUAUAAAGCGGCUGCUCUCGGGGGGGGCUUGUAAAUAGCUGUAUAUUAUUAUUUUUAUUGGUUUUCCCCCUCGAGCGGGUGCCCGGUUCCUCUGGACCAUGGAUACGCACACGCGGUGGAAACGGCGCAGUUGGAUACGGAGGUGGUGGGUGCCCGCUGCCCUGGUGCUGCUGGGUGCCCUGUCCCUCGGCCGGGCAGCUGAACCUGCAGACCUCUUGAAGGUAUUAGAUUUUCAUAAUUUACCUGAUGGUAUAACAAAAACAACAGGGUUUUGCACAAGCAGAAGAUCUUCAAAAGAAGCAGAUGUUGCUUACAGAGUAACAAAAGAUGCUCAGCUUAGUGCACCGACAAAGCAGCUGUAUCCUGCUUCCCCAUUCCCAGAGGACUUCUCCAUUCUAACCACUGUAAAAGCGAAGAAAGGAGGUCAGUCCUUCUUGAUCUCAAUUUACAAUGAGCAAGGGAUCCAGCAAAUUGGUGUGGAGUUGGGUAGAUCUCCUGUAUUCCUGUAUGAAGACCAUACAGGAAAGCCAGGCCCAGAAGACUAUCCUCUCUUUAGAGGCAUUAACCUAGCAGAUGGCAAGUGGCACCGAGUAGCUAUCAGUGUGCAGAAGAAAAAUGUCACCUUGAUUUUGGACUGUAAAAAGAAGAUAACCAAGUUCUUGGACAGAAGUGACCAUCCCAUCAUUGACGUCAAUGGCAUCAUUGUAUUUGGAACAAGGAUAUUGGAUGAGGAAGUCUUUGAGGGUGACAUCCAGCAGCUCCUGAUCGUGUCAGACCCGCGAGCAGCCCAUGAUUACUGCGAGCACUACAGCCCCGACUGCGACACCGCCAUCCCCGACUCCCCCCAGUCCCAGGACCCCAACCAGGAUGAAUACUACACUGACGCGGAGGGCGAAGGUGACACCUACUACUAUGAGUACCCCUACUAUGAGGAUGUUGAUGAAUCUGUAAAGCCAGAAGCUCCCACCGCCAAACCCAGCGCUCCUGAAGUGCCUGCUGGAGAGAGACCCGAAACCAAGCAGGACUAUCCUGCUCCCACAGCAUCUCCGGAUGGAGGGGACCCUAACAGGCAGACCAAAGAGGAUACCACAGUGGGUGAUCCCCUCGUGGAUGAGUACAACUAUGAGACCAUUAACGAGGAGUACUUCACACCUCUGCCCUACGAGGAUGUCAACUACAAUGAAGAAGUAGACCCGCAGGGGGGACUGACUGAGAACGCUGUGGAAGCUGAGCUCCCCACAAGCACCGUCAUCACCUACAACGAGAGCGAUGCUGCUCAGGGAGGAGACGACCUGGAUAAAGAUUUCACUGAGGAAACAAUAAAAGAAUAUGAUGGGAAUUACUAUGAUAACUAUUAUGACCGAACAGUCUCUCCUGAUAUCGGCCCCGGCAUGCCUGCCAACCAGGACACCAUCUAUGAAGGGAUCGGUGGACCACGGGGCGAGAAGGGACAGAAAGGGGAGCCCGCGAUUAUUGAGCCGGGUAUGCUGGUGGAAGGCCCCCCCGGACCCGAAGGCCCAGCAGGUCUUCCAGGACCUCCAGGACCAACUGGACCUGUGGGCUUAAUGGGUGACCCUGGGGAGAGGGGGCCACCUGGUCGCCCGGGUCUCCCAGGAGCAGAUGGUUUGCCAGGACCACCAGGGACAAUGCUGAUGCUGCCGUUCCGCUUCAGUGGAGGAGGAGAUGCCAGCUCUAAAGGACCCCUUGUUUCAGCCCAGGAGGCUCAAGCCCAAGCCAUCCUGCAGCAGGCCAGACUGGCGCUGAGAGGACCAGCGGGUCCAAUGGGUCUGACGGGGCGGCCAGGCCCCAUGGGACCCCCGGGCAGUGGAGGACUAAAGGGAGAAGCUGGAGAAAUGGGACCUCAGGGUCCACGAGGCAUCCAGGGUCCUCCCGGUCCGGCAGGGAAGCCAGGCCGCAGGGGACGAGCUGGCAGUGACGGCGCCAGGGGAAUGCCGGGACAGACAGGACCAAAGGGUGACCGAGGGUUUGAUGGCUUGGCUGGUUUGCCUGGUGAGAAAGGAAACAGAGGUGAGCCAGGCCCCCACGGACCCCCUGGGGCACCCGGAGAGGAUGGGGAGAGGGGAGAUGAUGGAGAAGUUGGGCCCAGAGGUCUACCUGGAGAACCUGGACCCCGAGGACUGCUGGGACCAAAGGGGCCGCCAGGACCCCCAGGGCCACCGGGUGUGGCUGGUAUGGACGGACAGACUGGGCCCAAGGGGAAUGUGGGUCCUCAAGGUGAGCCAGGUCCCCCAGGACAACAGGGCAACCCGGGUGCUCAGGGUCUUCCAGGUCCACAAGGCGCCAUCGGUCCCCCGGGAGAGAAAGGGCCGCUGGGCAAACCCGGUCUUCCUGGCAUGCCUGGGGCUGAUGGUCCUCCGGGUCACCCCGGCAAGGAAGGUCCUCCUGGAGAGAAGGGGAGUCAGGGUCCACCAGGUCCUCAGGGCCCCAUCGGUUACCCAGGACCACGUGGAGUCAAGGGAGCAGAUGGUGUUCGUGGAUUGAAAGGCACCAAAGGUGAAAAGGGUGAAGAUGGCUUCCCUGGCUUCAAAGGGGAUAUGGGCAUCAAAGGAGACCGAGGGGAAAUUGGGCCUCCUGGCCCCCGGGGUGAGGAUGGUCCUGAAGGUCCCAAAGGUCGCUCUGGCCCCAAUGGUGAUCCUGGUCCUCUUGGUCCUGCUGGAGAGAAGGGGAAGCUCGGCGUGCCAGGACUGCCCGGCUACCCGGGCAGGCAGGGCCCUAAGGGCUCCAUCGGCUUCCCAGGAUUCCCAGGAGCCAACGGAGAGAAGGGCACACGGGGGACACCUGGCAAACCAGGUCCAAGGGGGCAGCGCGGUCCAACGGGUCCACGUGGGGAAAGAGGCCCUAGGGGAAGCACUGGGAAGCCUGGCCCAAAGGGCAACUCUGGUGGUGAUGGCCCCCCUGGACCUCCUGGAGAAAGGGGACCACCAGGGCCUCAAGGACCGACUGGGUUUCCUGGACCAAAAGGCCCCCCUGGUCCUCCUGGGAAGGAUGGAUUGCCUGGUCACCCCGGACAGAGAGGAGAGACCGGUUUCCAAGGCAAGACUGGCCCCCCAGGACCCCCUGGUGUCGUAGGCCCUCAGGGUCCAACUGGUGAGACUGGACCAAUGGGUGAGCGGGGACACCCAGGUCCUCCAGGUCCCCCAGGUGAACAAGGUCUUCCUGGCCUCACUGGAAAAGAAGGGACCAAGGGGGACCCUGGUCCUGCUGGCCUCCCAGGGAAGGACGGUCCCCCCGGCUUGCGAGGCUUCCCUGGGGAGAGAGGCCUCCCUGGCCCCAUUGGUGCUCCAGGCUUGAAAGGCAGCGAAGGUCCCCCAGGCCCCCCCGGCCCAGCAGGCUCUCCUGGUGAGCGUGGUCCCGCAGGAUCAGCUGGCCCGAUUGGCUUACCAGGGCGACCUGGUCCCCAGGGACCGCCAGGACCUGCAGGUGAAAAGGGAGCUCCAGGCGAGAAGGGUCCCCAGGGGCCGGCUGGCCGGGAUGGCAUCCAGGGCCCAGUGGGACUGCCGGGUCCAGCAGGUCCUGUCGGCCCCCCCGGCGAGGAUGGAGACAAGGGCGAGAUCGGGGAGCCCGGGCAGAAGGGCAGCAAGGGCGACAAGGGGGAGCAGGGUCCACCGGGGCCCACUGGCCCACAGGGUCCGAUCGGUCAGCCCGGCCCCGCUGGUGCUGAUGGAGAGCCAGGUCCCAGAGGGCAGCAAGGCCUCUUUGGUCAGAAAGGUGAUGAAGGACCCCGAGGUUUCCCUGGUCCCCCUGGCCCGGUGGGCUUGCAGGGCUUGCCUGGACCACCUGGCGAGAAGGGAGAAACGGGUGAUGUUGGGCAGAUGGGCCCACCAGGCCCACCUGGACCCAGAGGUCCCUCGGGACCACCAGGAGCAGAUGGUCCACAGGGUCCUCCUGGGGGAAUAGGAAAUCCUGGUGCAGUAGGAGAGAAGGGUGAGCCUGGUGAAUCUGGUGAGCCUGGUCUUCCCGGCGAGGUUGGCCUCCCGGGUCCUAAAGGUGAAAGAGGUGAAAAAGGGGAAGCAGGUCCCUCUGGUGCUGCUGGUCCACCUGGCCCCAAAGGUCCCCCAGGCGAUGAUGGUCCCAAAGGCAGCCCUGGUCCGGUUGGUUUCCCUGGUGACCCCGGUCCUCCUGGAGAGCCUGGUCCAGCUGGUCAAGAUGGUCCUCCUGGUGACAAAGGUGAUGACGGAGAACCUGGACAGACCGGUUCCCCUGGUCCCACAGGAGAGCCGGGCCCCUCCGGACCCCCAGGAAAAAGGGGCCCUCCUGGUCCAGCUGGUCCUGAAGGAAGGCAAGGAGAGAAAGGAGCCAAGGGUGAAGCUGGUUUGGAAGGACCUCCGGGCAAGACUGGCCCAAUUGGUCCCCAGGGUGCUCCAGGGAAGCCCGGCCCUGAUGGUCUUCGAGGGAUUCCUGGUCCAGUUGGUGAACAAGGUCUCCCGGGAUCCCCUGGCCCAGAUGGUCCUCCAGGCCCAAUGGGCCCACCGGGUUUGCCUGGUCUUAAAGGAGACUCUGGUCCUAAAGGAGAGAAGGGUCAUCCAGGUUUAAUCGGGCUCAUUGGACCACCAGGAGAGCAGGGAGAAAAGGGUGACAGAGGUCUCCCAGGCCCCCAGGGCUCAGCAGGACCCAAAGGAGAGCAGGGUAUCACAGGUCCUUCCGGACCGAUCGGACCUCCAGGGCCACCAGGAUUACCGGGUCCACCUGGUCCCAAAGGUGCUAAAGGAUCAUCGGGUCCAACAGGUCCAAAGGGUGAAUCGGGUCUUCCUGGGCCCCCAGGGCCUCCUGGUCCUCCUGGAGAAGUCAUCCAGCCACUGCCCAUCCAGGCUUCCAAGAGGACCAGGCGGAACAUUGACGCCAGCCAGCUGGUGGACGAUGGGAAUGCCGACAACUACAUGGACUACGCAGACGGCAUGGAGGAAAUCUUCGGUUCCCUGAAUUCCUUGAAACUGGAAAUCGAGCAGAUGAAGCAUCCACUGGGCACUCAGCAUAACCCAGCACGAACCUGCAAGGAUCUGCAGCUCUGUCACCCGGAUUUCCCAGAUGGUGAAUACUGGGUCGAUCCCAACCAAGGAUGUUCCAGGGACUCUUUCAAAGUGUACUGUAAUUUCACAGCUGGUGGAGAGACUUGCAUCUUCCCUGAUAAGAAAUCUGAAGGAAGUAAAAUGGCUCGUUGGCCCAAAGAGCAGCCUUCCACAUGGUAUAGUCAAUACAAGCGGGGGUCUUUGCUCUCCUACGUGGAUUCAGACGGGAACCCCAUUGGCGUGGUGCAGAUGACCUUCCUCCGGCUCCUGAGUGCCUCAGCCCACCAGAACAUCACUUACAACUGCUACCAGUCCGUAGCCUGGCACGACGCCACCACCAACAGCUAUGACAAGGCCAUCCGCUUCCUGGGCUCCAAUGACGAGGAGAUGUCCUACGACAACAACCCCUACAUCCGAGCCGCCCUGGAUGGCUGUGCGGCAAAGAAGGGCUAUCAGAAGACUAUCCUGGAAAUCAACACGCCCAAAGUAGAGCAAGUGCCUAUAGUCGACAUCAUGUUCAAUGACUUCGGAGAAGCAUCGCAGAAAUUUGGAUUCGAGGUGGGACCGGCUUGCUUCAUGGGCUAAGAGCCACCUGAAAACUAGUCUCCAAAUGAGCAACCUCGUAACCUCAUUGCGCCAUUUAAUUAAUUAAAAACAAGAAAAAAAAGAGAAAAAAAGAAUUCCUCGUCACAUGCACGUUCUGAAACUGGACAGCGAUGGGUUAUUUUAUAUCCCCGUUCCGUUUUGUUCCUCGUCCUGCCCUGGUUCCUCCGAGCCCCGCGAGGACCCAGCCCACCACAGACACAGAAUCUCAUGACCGACCGCCGCACGCGUGGCCCGGGGACCUGGCUGUGAUCUGCGCCCACCGCUGCUGCUCCAUGGCCACCGAGCAGGCCCCACUGCCAGCAAAGGAUGCUGCUGCUUCUGCUGCUUCAUCGUCUUCUUGCCACAAAGCAAUACCAAGCACUUGCCUGUAGAUCAUUGAGGAAAAGCUGGAAACUCCAGUGUUCAACCUGACGUGGAAAUCCCAGCAGUCCCGGCUGCAAACCAAACCUGCCAAAGCUCAUUGGAGGCUUUUUGUUGACUUCCACCACAUUGGGAUCAGCUCUAACAAGUAGAUGUCAUGGCUACUUCCAGAAGGUUUAAUAUCUCCCUUGAAUCACGUAAUCCCAUCUUUUACAAAAUGACACCCCAUGAAUUUGAUAGGGAAAAGUCGUACUGGGCAUCUCUCUCCCAUGUAUUAAAGGUGCUUAUAUUUUUGUAUGUUUGUAAGUAAAUAUUUGUAUUGUAUAUUAUUUUAAAUGCUGAAAUGUUUCUGGCUUCAAAACAUGCAUGUGACCCUGUCCAGAUUGAACCCGGCUCCCUUCCCACCACUGCCCAGCCAAGCAUCAACUCUGGGGACGAGGACAGCAGCUCCUGCCUCUUCCCAACCCCAGCCCUGGAUCUGGAGGGUCUUUGAGUUGUGCCCAGGCAUGAGCCUUGGCAGGAUGAGGGCCCAUGGGGUGGCAAUUCCAUGUUGUAGAAUGAUUCCCUUCAACAUAAGGAAAUUAAAGCCACAUUUUAACAAGGUCUCUACAAAAACCCUGAUGUAAAAGUAGGAUCUGCUUUGAGUCUCUGCUUUUUUAUCCACCUGCUUACCUUCACAUCCAUGUUUUAAAUUAAUUCUUCCUUUUUUCCUGCAACAUUCUUUUAAAGUAAUAAUGAUUUAAAAUCCCCCUCCAUUCUCAGUGGCAGAUUGCAGUGGCAAGGGAAAACCCAUUGGUCCUCUCUGAAUAUAAAGUGUAAAGAAAAGGAAACAAAAAGGUGCUUUUUAUUUUUACAUGUCUCUGUGGUGCUAUCUAUUUGAAUGACUUUAAUACAACACUGGUGAUACCCUGCCAUUGGCCAAUCUCCCACCAGCUUUUGCUUUUUAGCUGCUUUCAACGCAGACUGGAGGCUUUUGCUACAGUCUUUGAUUAUAAAUGCAUGUCCCCUCUGUACUUGUUACGUAGAAGACCCACUCAUUGCUUAGUACGGUCCAUGUACAAAAAGUAUUAAGUGUUCACAUCUUUUUUUCCUCCUUUCUCCCCAAGAAUAUCGCUGCCUCUCAGGCGGUGGGAGCCACACCAGAUUGUACCCACUCGCUGCAUGUUUGUGGUGCUAAUUUAUGCAGUUGUUGGCUGUCCUGACGCGAUGCUGAAGCCGGGUGGGAUGCCGCCCGCCGCGCUCCCGGAGUCUGCAGUUCUCUUGGUCUUCCCACGGUGGCAAUGCCAGGAUGGGGUUUUGCUUUUCCCAUGCAGCGUUUUCGGCUCUCAACCUGGUGACACCAUCUCCUGUCUCCAUGUGUUUGUCCGUGUGUCUUCCCCCUGCCCGUUUUCCUCGGUUAGAUCUCUCAGCUGGAAAAUAGGUGUUGCAGGGUGCUUUUUUAAUUACUUGGCCUGGAGUAUUCCAGCAGCACUUGAGCCAAAGGGGAGCUUUCACCGUAAAGGGAAAGACAUCACAUUUACUGUGAAGAAAAGCCUAUAUCUGAUGUCUUCUCCCCCCUCCUUCCCAAGCAGAGAGCAGCGGUAGCCAAGGAAGGGAGGCAGAGCCGUGCUGGAGGCAGCAGCGAUGCCGCACGGUGCUUGUCGGUCUGGGAGAGCCAUGUCCAUCCCUCUCCCUUCUCCUGCUCUGUUCUCUCGUGUUCUUUUAUCACUUGGGGGACAAAAAAUACACAAGGUGCUACCCUAAACCCUGCAGACUCCGGCAGCACAGCAGUGAAGAGGAGAAUAUAGUAGUAAUAUAUAGGAGAAUUCAGCUUCUCAAGUCACCUUGGCAACAGCCUUGUUCAGGAGCAGUGGGAAGGUCAGGAAAGGUUGCACGUUCCUCUCUGCAACAGAAAAGCCAUAUCUUGAUGUAUGUACACACGUGUGCGCCUGCCCAGGUCAUGUGAUUCUGUUACAAAUUUUCAUCAAAGGAGCUUUUUUCUUUUUAUUUUUUCUUUUUAUUUCAUUGCUUUAAGAAAAGAAAAAAAAAUAAUUCCUGUCGAAUUCCACAGUGUUGUAAUUGUCCUGAGCUCCGAACUGUUCCGAUCCCCCAGACCACUUAGCUACGGUAUAUUGCAAUAAAAUUACUACUUGUAUUUGCA